AGCUGUCACGAGGAACAGAGUGGCGCUGGCUUGGAAGCAUGGAGCUCCGGGGCGAGCGUGCGACCGGUCCUGGUGUUUCUUCGUCUUCUGUAGACUGCUCGCAGGUCACGGUGUCCAGGGAGCUGCUGACGGCGGGGAGCGAGGGUUCGGGAGGUAUCUGGGACCAGUUGCUCAUCAGCUCUAAGCCUCACCCCAGAAAGACCUCUACACUUCAAACAGUUCGGAUGCAGAGGAGCCCUUUGCUAGACCAGGUUCAGGCCUUCCUCCCACAAAUGGCCCAGGCAAAUGAGAAGCUGAGGAGGGAAAUGGCAGCUGCUCCAGCUGGUCACUUCAAUAUUGAAAACAUCGACGAGACGUCCGGAAACAUCAUACAGAUGGAUGUGGCCCUAUUUGAGAUGAAUCGGACAGAUUCAAAAGAGGAGGAUAGCCCAGAAGAGAGCUCUCGGGANAGUUCUGGGGACAGCUCAGAGUCCGAAGAAGAUGUCUGCGUUCCCUCUGAAGUCACCAUCGAGAACAUUAAGNUUCCNAAUGCAGAAGGUGGCAAAGGCAAGAUUGAAGUUUUGGACAGUCCGGCAAGUAAAAAAAAGAAGCAGUGAAAUGACCCACAUGGAAGGAGCAGGCGCUCCCCGCCUGGGGGCUGGGGGCAGGGCGGCCCGGUCCGAUCGGCUGUAGUCCUUAACGUGUCACAAAGAAUCAUGAACCCAGGUGUAUUUUACAUAGAAAAUGCUCAGAGCUUGGCUGCAGAGAGCGUAGUGCCCUUGGACACUGAGAAGGGAAAUAAGAAAUGACAAGAUUGGUUCAUGCAGAUGUUUGCUCUAGAGUGUGGGCUGUAAUGUAACUCUGGCUCAUCUACGUCGAAAUCUAGCUAUUGGUUACAAGAUUCCCACUGCCAGUUUGCGGUUUUGGUAUGUUCUAUAUCAAGGCAGGUUGCAGUUUGUUAUGUAUGAACUGGGUACUAGAGACAAGCCCAGGAUNACAGCCUCCUGCCAUUUAAGGUGUGACGGUGCCUAUAUUCAGUUCAGGAAAACCCAAGCUGCCUUUUUAAAGAUUUGUAAGGGAUAGCAGUUGACAUCCUCUUGGAGCAGAUUGAUCUUUGCUCCUUCUGUGAAGAGAGUUUAGAAACAACUAUGUGCUAUAUCACUGUCUUGUAUGUGAGUGUGAAGUCAUGUAAAAUUGUCAUUUCAAAUUAUAAUGCUACUGACAGCCCGAAGAAUGACUCUAGUUCUUCAGUUAGUAAGCUUACAGUGUGGAUGACCUGGUAGCUGUUUCACUGACUAACCAGUCUUAGAUGAUGUUAUCAGGGCUAGCAAGUGCCAGCCNCGGGAAGAUGAGCGGUCUGUUCAGGAGGCUACUUGAGUAGAGGAACCAUGUCCCUGUGACUUGGAGGAGAUGGUAACAUCCUUGUCGUUUAUCCUGGUGGUUUGCCAUACCAUGUGAUANUUCAUCCUUGCCGCCUCUGAGCCAGGGAGGGUCUCUGAUUGGUCCUGGAAGCUACUGCUCCACAGUCAUGCUGGGUUAGGGCAUCAAGCCUGGACUACAGUUUUCCACCCUCUGUACCUCCUCCAUAGUCCCUGAGCCCCUGGAAAGAAAAAGGUAUCCUGGUCAUUUUCCUCCUGAGAACAGAGCAGAGUGAAAUGUUCAAGGCACGCAUAACUGCCUGACUGAAGAGUCUGCCAUGUGUGCAGGUCAGAUCAUCAUGGGUUACAAUCCUUGCUGCCCAGUGGAAGAAGAGGUUCNCCUNGGUGACUGCAGUUGGUAGCUACAGUAUGACUGAUCCCCAUAGUCAGAGGAUAAUUGUGUUUUUUAUUUCUGUGAAGAGAUGCUUCAUGACCAAGGCAAAUAGUAAAAGAAAAGUGUUUAACUGUGGGCUUCCUUUCAGUUUAAGAGUCUAUGACACUCUGGGGUAAAUGUAGGGUGGGCAGGGCACCAGGCAGAGCAGAGUAUAAGACGGCCUAGCUGGGCUUUUGAAACCUCAGAAGUCUGUCCAUCUCUCCUCCCUCCCACUUCUAGUGACAUACCUUUUCCAACAAGGCUCCUAAUUUGUUCUAAACAGUCUGCCAACUAGGAACCAAACAUUCGAAUCUAUAAGGACCAUUCGCAUUUAAACCACAGUGAUUGACUGGGUACAUNUUUGGACAUAGGAUUUUCUUUAGCUCGAGGUUGGAGGGGGCUAGACAGACAGUUGGAAGAUGGGUAACUGGGCAGAUCGAAGCACCACAGAACCUGCUGUUCGUGUGNGACACACAGGUAGUGGAGGACUUGGGAGCCUCAGCCAAGUGAGGCUGUAAGAAAGAGUUGGUUUCCCCUCUGGGCUCAAACAACAGCCUCUGACACUGAAUGCUAACUGCUGGGGAUUGGGGUAGUGCUUUCU